AUGUGGGAUGUUGAAUUAAUUGUUGUGUUGUCUCUUACAGCCUUGGGUAUUGUGGCUUCGGUGGCGUGUGUUGUUUGCACUCAAACAAAGGAGGCUCAAAAUCUGACCGGUUCCGUUGACUUGGAAAAGGGUCAAACGGGCACACCCAAUGUUACAGGUUUAGUGGUUUCGGCAGCCUCUGCCACUACUGGUGGUUCUGAAACUGGCCACCAUCAUAAAGCCUCUCAUCAUCAUCAUCAUCAUCAUCACAGCAUGGGUGAUUAUCAUCAUCAUCAUCAUCAAAGCUUCACAACAUUCCAUCAUGAUCACAGCGCUGGUGGCGGUCAUCAUCAUCAUUAA